AUGGAUGAUAUUCUUGCGCCCAUUCAGGAUGCUUUCGAAGGCCAGAUUGAUUUCAACGGCCAGCGCAUCGCCGAACUGCUUUCUACAGCUCUUUUGAUCAUUUCAGGAGUCGCUGCUUUCCUCAUCGGAUACAUCUACGAAGAUAUACAUUUAACGCUCUGGACUGGUUUGGCGGGCACUUUAGUGACGGCAUUGGCUGUUAUCCCUCCUUGGCCUAUGUACAACAAGCAUCCUGAGAAAUGGCUUGUCCCCACGACAGGGAGUGCGGGUGGCCCAGGCAUCAUGGUUGACGGUGUCAAAGUUGCAUAA